ACGUCGAAGAAAAAAAGUCCACUGAAAAUAAAGUUUAUUUUUCUAUGUUUAAAAGAAUUUUUUUAAUUAAAAUCAGGCAAAAUUGGAUGAGAAAUGGACUAUGGUUAUGUUGGCGGGGAGGGCUAUGGCCCUCCCGAUAAUUAUAUAUCAACAAAUGAUGUUUAUGACUCUGCAAAUCGUACAGUAAAUUAUUCACCAGCAUUUCGCGUUUUUAAUAUCGGACCAACAGAGGCUGAAUAUCAAGAGCUUGGUGGAAUUUUAGCUGAUGGCGGUGAAAGCUAUGGAGUCUCAACUGUACAAUUUGACAAUUACGAGGAACUAUUGUGGACGGGAAAUCAAGGAGGUCGUGUUACAUCAUAUUAUGGAGGAUCUAUGGAAAAAUACACAUCAUUUCAAGUUCAUGCAAAUGAUAUUGUUAGGCAAAUCGGCACAACAGACACUGGAGUUUUAGCCUUGACACAAACAUCUUUAAGUCAUAGGCAUAGACGUGGAAACUUAAAAUUCACGCAUAGAUCUGCUCACAUGACCGAAAUGAUAUGUAUGCUUCAAUUAUCACCGUCCAGAAUUGUAAUGGGUGGGUUUCAACACGAUAUAAUAGACUUUGAUGUUCCAACAGUGACAGAAAAAUCUAUGUCUAAUGCUGGGACUAACGGAUGUACAGUACUACGAAAAAAUUGCCGCUAUUUGUUUGCUGGCGAACCGUAUGGUACAAUAACAUUACGUGAUUUAACGACUUUAGAAGUUCAACAUACUAUUAAAACUCACUCAGGAAGUUUAUCAGAUUUUGAUGUACAAGGAAAUUAUUUGGUCUCAUGUGGUUUUAGUGAUCGUCAAGGUAUUUUAUCUAUGGAUCGGUUCCUGAUGGUAUUUGAUUUAAGAAUGCUUAGACUAGUUUCACCAAUUCCAAUAUUGAUUGAUGCUCAAAUGCUUCGAUUUUUGCCAUCGCAAUAUUCUAGAGUAGCCAUCACAUCCAUGCAAGGCGAAAUGCAACUUGUUGAAACCGUCGAAUUAAGCUCUCCAAGAAUCUGCCUAUAUCAGUUGAACACAACAGGUAGCUCUUUGACUUUUGAUAUUAGUUCAACAAGUCAAGCAAUUGCAUUUGGUAAUGACAAUGGUCAUAUCAACAUGAUCUGUUCAGUGCAUGCCCCCGAACCUCAAUUUAACGCAUUUUCAAGGCAAACAGAACUUGCAGAGCCUGUAGACGAUCUUCCAAGCACUGAAGAAAUCAAUACUGAGGAAGCGAGUUCUUAUUCAUUUUCAUCGACUUCACUGCCUGGACAAGAUUUAGAAGAAAGCUAUCAAUCAGAAACUGCAAUAUCUGAUAUAUACAAACAGUUUGCUAAUGGAAGUUUACCAAAUGUUGAUUAUCAAAACAAAAGUACUGAUUUUAAUUUGCAACAGAGUCCGAAACGCCCUCAACUUCCUUACUGUGAAAAUGCGCAGGCUUCUGGCUCCAGCGGGAAUGAACACAUUCAACCAGUUUCUACCGAAACAAACGGAAUGAAAAUUAUUCCAAAGCGGUACAGAAAAGUAGAAGUUAAGUACUCCAAAUUAGGAGCACAAGAUUUUGAUUUUGAACUUCACAAUCAGACCUGUUUCGCCGGUUUAGAGGCAACUUUACCAAAUUCUUAUUGUAAUCCCAUGUUACAAGUCUUAUAUUUUAUUAAACCGCUUAGAAGAAAAAUUUUGCAACAUUCCUGCUCGAAAGAAUUCUGUUUGUCAUGUGAACUCAGCUUUUUAUUCAACAUGUUAGACAAAUCUGCUGCAUCAAGCCCGUGCCAAGCUAGCAAUUUUUUGAGAUCAUUCCGUAAGGUCCAUGAAGCUGCAGCAUUGGGAUUAAUAGUUACAGAUCGCGCUGUAAAUGUAAACCUUACAAGUUUAAUUCAAAAUUGGAAUAGAUUUAUAAUACAUCAGAUGCAUUACGAAAUCUUAGAUUCUUGGAAAAAUGGUCGCCUUAACAAACAAACAAAUGCCUUUGCAAUGGAAUAUUUUUUGGCGUUAAAUCAAUCUCGACUUAUUAACCCUAAUCUGAGCUGGGACUCUCGAGAAAUUAACUAUGCAGAAAUUUUUAAAUCACUCGAUGUCAACAAUGGGCAAACCUCCUUACAUAAUAUUGGCUCGAACGAAACUGAAAAAUCAAGGAUAAAUGAAGACACUGACAUAAGCAAUUUGUUUGGAACUCGACAACGAUGUGUGAAUCGAUGCCUUAAAUGCAAUGAAGAAAAACCUAAACGAAAUAUUUUAAUGGUAUGCAACUUAGUUUACCCAAUUGGCACUAAAGACAAUGAAUACUUAACUUUUGCACAAAUUUUAAAAUCGUCACUUUGUCCUGAAAAGACUUUACCAACAUUUUGCGAAAAAUGUAAAAAAUUUACUCCUACAAAGCAAUCUAUUAAGAUAACCAGUCUUCCCAAAAUUUUAUCUCUAAAUUGUGGUCUUUCUAAUGAAAAAGAGAUAGAAUUCUUAAAAUGGCAACUAAGUAGGAUAGUAAACGCUAGUAACAUAAAUUCAACACAAUUCACUACCACUAAACCAUGUCGAUAUGGUGUAAACUGUAAUAGAGCUGACUGUCAUUUUAGCCAUCCUUUUAGAAACUCACCAUCAAGUAGUAACAACGGUUUCGGUGCUACAUGCGAAACAAAGCAGAAAUCAUGGUUUCCUCUUGGGUUUUCUAUGGAUGUUGAUAUUAAUGGAAAUUUAGCGAUUCGAUCAGAAAUAAGAAGUAGCAAGAUAUCAGAGUCGCAGGCAUCCAAUUCAUCAACUGUUGGUUUUAGAGAAGAAUUAAAUUUGACUGAUCCAGUAAUUUCAAAUGAUACUCAUAGAGAUUACCGAUUAUCGGCAGCUAUUUGUCAAAUUGACGAUGGAAAUCAUAAAAAUUUAGUUGCACUAAUUAAUGUUCCAAAAAGCUACCACGAAAUGAAAUUAGGAAACUGUGAUGAUACAAACAAUCAAUGGUACCUCUUCAAUGAUUUUAGUAUAUCUCCUGUGUCUUGCCAAGAAUCAGUUUGGUACACGUUAGAUUGGAAAGUUCCAUGUGUUCUAAUUUAUUCAAGCUUAGAAGUGCUCGAAGUAGAUGAAGAAAAAGAAAAUCGAUAUUUCAAUCCAUUUCUACAAGAACUUUUAAAUCCGGUCCACCAAAUUCCAUUGCAUCAUACAAUACACACUUUUAAACGAUUAAGUGCACAUGAAAUGCCGAAACCGGGUGAUUUAGUUGCAAUGGAUGCGGAAUUUGUAACAUUAAAUGCAGAAGAAAACGAGUUACGUCCUGACGGUACAACAAUGACAAUAAAACCUUGUCAUAUGAGCGUAGCGCGCAUUUCUUGCAUAAGGGGUCAAGGCCCUGAUGAGGGGAUACCUUUUAUUGAUGAUUAUAUAUCAACACGGGAGCAAGUUGUCGAUUAUUUAACCGAAUUUUCUGGAAUACAACCUGGUGAUUUAGAUGCUAAUUUUAGUAAUAAACGUUUAACAACUCUUAAAAACUCAUAUCAAAAAUUAAAGUAUUUAGUUGAUAGUGGUGUGAUAUUUGUUGGACACGGACUGAAAAAUGACUUUAGAGUGAUAAAUAUUAUUGUACCCUCCGAACAAAUAAUCGAUACAGUGCAUUUAUUUCAUUUACCGCAUCAUCGAAUGAUAUCAUUGAGAUUUUUAGCAUGGCAUUUUUUAGGAACAAAAAUCCAAUCUGAAACUCAUGAUUCAGUGGAGGAUGCCAGAACCAGCUUACAACUAUAUAAGCACUAUUUGAAGUUACAAACUGAAAAUAAAUUGAACUGGGCCUUGAAAGAGGUUUAUGAACGUGGGAAACGUUUAUGCUGGAAAGUACCAGACGAUUAUUACCAUUAAAGUACAAACAAAAAAAAAUUGUAAACUACAAAACAUUUUUUAAUAAAAAAAAUUAAGAAAAAUUGUCAAAAAAAUAUAUAAAAAUGUGUAAGUGAAAGUAAAAAGUAAUUAUUUUGAUAUAAAUUAAUAAAAAUAAUGUGUUUU